GAAAAGAAGAGAAAACUUUUUUAGAGUAUCUAACCUAAUUUUUUAACAGAUAAACAAUAAACGAAACUUAGUCAGCAAAAUUUAAAUUACUUUUACGAUAUUUAAAACCAUGAGUUUAAUAAAUUUUGAAACUCCCAUCGACCUAACGGGAUUUACAAUAAUCGUUCCAAGUAUCACCGUUGGCAACGUGCCUCAACUCACAGUAGAUUUGUUAAUUACAACAUUGAAGUUAAAGAAAGCGGGCAUUUUGUGGCAUUCGGCAUUAGUAAGCUCAGUUGGAUCGGAUCCUUUCAAUUCCAAAAUAACUACACCGUCCACAGCUGCAGAACUAUACUAUAAUAGUAACAUUAAGGUUGCAGUGAUUCAGUUUCGGUCGACCUUUAAUGUUCAACGACUAGGAUCAUUUAUAACUGAUUUAUCCAAUAGUUUUACCGCUCUAAAAAUUGAUAGAGUUAUUCUGUUAGCCAGUCUAUUUGAUUAUGAACUCUCAAAUGUUCAGGACAAGGAGAGCAUAUUUUAUUCGAGCAGUACUGAAAUUAACGAAGAGCUUAUUGAGAACUUAAGAGCAAAGCCUUUACAACAAGAUGAAGAUGGAGAAGUAUGUACCAGAGGUACUGGAUUUGCUGCUAAAUUUUAUAAUAUAUUAAGGACAAAAGUAAAUUGUAUGUUAGUUGUCAAGUAUGUGUCUGAAGGUGAUAACACAUUGGAUGCAAAGAAAUUAUUAAGUCAGUUAUUUGACAUUGUUAAUAUUAAGUCUGGAGAUUAUACAGUAUUGAUUCCGGAAUCUUGGACUCAAUUAAAUGACACACCAGUGUUAGGUAUUUUCUAAUAUUACAGAACUUAGAAAAAAAGUUUAUUUAAGAGACAAGAGAUGGAUACCACUUUUUCAUACCAAACAAAUGAGGUGACACCAGGGACAAUAUUGGCGAUUUUUAAUAGUUUUUUUUUGUGGUGUGUUGUGAACUUUGUGUAAACUUUAUUACAAUGGUGAUUUGUUCGGCUUUCAAGUGUAAAAGGCGCAGAACCAGGAAUUACAUUUCAUAGGUAAAUAAACAAACAAUUAAUUUUCUGCGUUCCACCUUCUAGCUUUCUUUUAUUGAAUUGGAUAAAUUAUUUUCCUGACAUUAUAAUAUGAUAUAUGUGACAUGCCCAUAAUCUAUACAAGUUUUGUACCUUUUGUGAACGUUUUCAAACUUUUUUCUUUAAGUAAGUAAAUGGAAUAACACCACCUUUUUCUACCAAAAAAAUCAGAAAAACUGUAAGAGCGCCAAAAGAACUUCUAACGGAAAAUGUCGCCUUGUUGCAUGUUACUUCUCUGAUGUUACGAUCAUUUUUUGCUACAUAAGUAAUGCUGUGUCCAAAAUAAAAUAUUC